UGUCCUACGCCAUCGCCUUCCCGCAGGACUUCCAGGGGCUGCUGGACACGUACUGCGUCAGGAGGAGCGGCUUGCCGAAUUUCUGUGCCGUGGCACUGGCGCUGCACCAGCUGGGGUACCAGGCUAUCGGGGUGCGCCUGGACAGCGGGGACCUGGCCCAGCAAUCCAAGGAGAUGCGCCGAGUGUUCCGAGCCUGCGGCGCUCACUUUCAGGUGCCCUGGUUUGAGACCAUCCCUAUCGCUGUCAGCAAUGACAUCAGCGAGCAGAGCCUGGAGAAGUUCAGCCAGGAGGGGAAUGAGAUCAACAUCAUCGGCAUCGGGACACACCUGGUGACAUGUCCCCUGCAGCCGUCGCUGGGCUGCGUUUACAAGCUGGUGGAGGUCAAUGGCUCCCCAUGCCUGAAACUCACAGAAGAGGAGGAGAAGAUGACGAUCCCAGGGACUAAGACGUUCUAUCGGCUCUAUGACGCUGCCGGUCAUCCCUUCAUGGACCUCAUGGCUCUGGAGGAGGAGCCCUCGCCCAGCGCAGGGCAGGAGCUGGCAGUCCACGUCCUGGGGCGGCUUGGCGAGGCCAGCAAGGUCAUGCCCACCACCGUGGAGCCCCUCCAUUGCACGUACUUCAGAGAUGGCCAGGUGUGUGAGCCGCUGCCCAGCCUGCCAGAGGUGAGGACCCACGCGCAGGCGUCCCUCAGCCUGCUCAACCCCAUUCAUCGACGGCUCCAUGAGCCGCAGCCCUACCCGGUGGCCAUGACAGAGAGGUUGCACUGCCUCCUCACCGAGCUGAGGCAGGCCAGCCAGUGA